AGCUGCGGACGUCGUCAAGGCAGGAAAAGGAGUCCUUAACAAGCAGGGGGACCAGAUCCAGGUCCUCCACGUGCCAAGGAGACCGGACCUUUACAGGACUACUUUCUGAGCAUCACCGCAUCCACCACCUAGCUACUGUCAGGCUCGUGUGGCUGGCAGUCCCGUCAACGUAACCCCGCUGCGGCCCACCGUUACAGAAGCGACUGAACAGCAUCACCGGGCUCCAGUCACCGGGCUCCAGUCACCGGGCUCCAGUCACCGGGCUCCAAGGCGUCACCGGGCUCCAGUCAACGGGCUCCAAGGCGUCACCGGGCUCCAGUCACCGGGCUCCAGUCACCGGGCUCCAGUCACCGGGCUCCAGUCACCGGGCUCCAGUCAACGGGCUCCAAGGCGUCACCGGGCUCCAGUCAACGGGCUCCAAGGCGUCACCGGGCUCCAGUCACCGGGCUCCAAGGCGUCACCGGGCUCCAGUCACCGGGCUCCAAGGCGUCACCGGGCUCCAGUCACCGGGCUCCAAGGCGUCACCGGGCUCCAGUCACCGGGCUCCAAGGCGUCACCGGGCUCCAGUCACCGGGCUCCAAGGCGUCACCGGGCUCCAGUCACCGGGCUCCAAGGCGUCACCGGGCUCCAGUCACCGGGCUCCAAGGCGUCACCGCCCACCACCAGCAUGGCCUCCGCCACCUCGACCCCCGCUGCCGCCUCCAGCGGCCGCUCCGCCAGCCGCUCCUCCAGCCGCCGCCGCGGCAGCGCAGCCGCCAGCCUGCAGGCAUCCAGCACCAGCCCGACCCGCAUGUACCGCAUCCAGGAGAAGGAUGAUCUCCGACGCCUCAACGACCGCCUCGCCAACUACAUCCAGCGGGUCCAGGAGCUGGAGAAUGAACGGUCCUCCAUAUUGUUUCAGCUGGAGGAGAAGGAUGAGUCUAAAAGCCGGGAGAUGGGCAACGUUCGGCGGCUGUACGAGGAGGAGUUGGCCGACGUCCGGAAGUCCCUGGACGGCCUGGCCGGAGAAAGGGCCCGUUUGCAGAUCGACUAUGGAAACAUCUGCGAGGAGUACAGGAAGCUCCAAGCCAGGAACCAGAAGAAGGAGGCUGACCUGGUGACGGCGUUGGCCCAGUGGAGGAAAGCCGAGGCCAGCCUGAGCUCCAAGGAUGCUGCGUUCACCAAGCUGCUGUCUGAGAACAGGAGGCUCACCGACGACCUCACGGACCAGAGCGGACAGCUGGAGAACGUAGAGGGAGCACUGGCAGACACCAAGAACCAGCUGAGCUCCGAGAUCCUGAGAAGGGUGGACUUUGAGAACCAGGUGCAGACCCUCAAAGAACAGCUGGGACUCCAGAGGAACAUCAGUGAGCAGGAGCUGUUGGAGAUCCGAAGCCGUCAUGAGACUCGUCUAGUGGAGCUGGACUCUGGGCGGCGGAGAGAGUUCGAGAGUAAACUGUCCGACACGAUGCAGCAGCUCCGCCAGGACCACGAGUCUCAGGUGCAGCAGUACAAAGAAGAGCUCGACAGGACCUUCAGUUCAAAGCUGCAGAAUGCCCAGCAGGCCGCGUUGGAGAACAACAACGUUGCAUCGGCCACCAAAGACGAACUGGAAAGCACCAAGCUCCGAGUGGAGAGCCUCAGCUCCCAGCUCCAGCAGUACCAGAAGGAUAAACUGGUCCUGGAGAGCCGCUUUCAAGAGCUGGAGAGGACUCUUGAUGGGGAGCGCGAGGUUUGGCAACACCGACUCAGUCAGAAGGAGCAGGAGCUGCUGACUAUGAGAAGCCAGAUGUUCGCCCAGCUGGAGGACUACGAGAGCCUGCUGGAUGUGAAGCUAGCUCUGGACAUGGAGAUCAACGCCUACAGGAAGAUGCUGGAGGUGGAGGAGCAGAGGUUGCAGCUGUCACCCAGCCCUUCCCAGCACACGGCUAUAUCUCGAACUCACGAACACGGCAGCCGCAAGCUCAGAGGGAAGAAACGGAAACACGAGGGGGAGUCGGGCAACUCGCCCGCCUAUAAAAUGUCCAGCCGCUCGGCGGAGCACGCCGCCGUGAGCGUGGCGGAGGUCGAGAUGGCCGGCAAAUAUGUCCGACUGAAGAACAACUCUGAGGCGGAGCAGCCGCUUGGUGGUUGGGUGGUACGAAGGCUGUACCCAGACUCUGGAGACCUCUCCUUCCACAUCCCCUCCUCCUGCCUCCUGGCUGCUGGGCAGACGCUCACAAUCUGGGCUGCAGGUGAAGAGGCGGAGGCUGUUUCUGGGGACCUGGUUCUGCAGGGCCACAGGAGCUGGGGCCCUGUCACUGAUGUGAGGGUGGUUCUUUUGGACCCCAACCAUGAGGAAAUGUCCGAGCACCGGGUGUACAUGCAGGACAAAGGUGAGGAGACCGACCUGGAGUUUGAUGAGGAAUACGUUGUGGGCAGUGACAUCCAGCACUUUCGGAGACAGGAUCUAUCCAAGGAGGCCAGCUGUGCCAUCAUGUGAUGGCUGCGGUCCGCUCUGACCUUCCAGCGUCGUCCCAAACUGCAGCAGGACUUUGACACUUCGGUCUGCCUGUGAAGCGUCAACCUCAGUAUUCCUCUCUGGUUUCAUGGCUCGUACCGCAGCAGACGAUGUGGGCUUUGUCUUGAUUUGCUCUAAUUUUAGAUUUGUGUGUGAAAUAAAACUGUUGGCAUAAUAAAGUUAUUGAUAUGGUGCAGUCAGACACCUGGCGCAAAGUAUUAAAGACCGUUCAUUAC